AUGGGUUCAAGCUUUCCCCAGAUAGAUGCCACAGCGAAUGCAUUCACUGGUCAGCUGGGAUACACCACGCGUGUUCUGCACGAGCUCGAACGAUUUCUUCCGACCAUACGGACCGAGAAGACAAACUCAAAGACUUCCCCAAGAGUCAACAAAGCUCCUAGUGUACGAAACUAA